AGUUGCCGCGAGUGGUCGCCCCGACCGCGAGUGUACGAUGUGUGUAUGAGACCUGCGUGUGCUUUUGUUUUGUGCCAGAAGAUUAGUGUCGCCUGUCGCACAGACAUGAAGACGGAGCACCGCACGUGCUGCGCGUGCGGCGAGCCGAUCGCGGACCGGUUCCUGCUGGAGGUGGGCGGCGGCGCGUGGCACACGGCCUGCCUGCGCUGCUGCGUGUGCGCCGUGCAGCUCGACCGUCACCCCUCCUGCUUCCUGCGCGACAGACAGGUCUACUGCAAGCAGGACUAUGCCAAGAGUUUCGGCGCGAAGUGCUCGAAGUGCUGCCGAGGCAUCUCGUCGUCGGACUGGGUGCGCAAGGCGCGCGAGCAGGUGUACCACCUGGCGUGCUUCGCGUGCGACGCGUGCGGCCGCCAGCUGUCCACGGGCGAGCAGUUCGCGCUGCACGAGGACCGCGUGCUCUGCAAGCCGCACUACUUGGAGACGCUCGACGGUGGCUCCAUUUCUUCAGAUGAUGGGUGCGACUCGGAGGGUUAUCACAAGAGCAAGGCGAAACGGGUCCGCACGACGUUCACAGAGGAGCAGCUGCAGGUGCUGCAGGCGAACUUCCAGCUGGACUCGAACCCCGACGGGCAGGACCUGGAGCGCAUCGCCCAGGUCACCGGCCUCAGCAAGAGGGUCACGCAAGUCUGGUUCCAGAACAGCCGGGCGCGGCAAAAGAAACACCAGCACACCGGGAAAGGGAAACAGAAUCAAGUGAUGUCGCGGGAGAGCGACCCGGUGGGGUUUGGCCGGCCCAUCAACCUCCACCUCACGUACUCUUUCCAGAACAAACCUCCUUUUGUGCCGAUAGAUGGAACUUCGUUCACGGAUUCUUCUAUGGAUGAGUUGUCAGAAGACUCUUCCAUCCACUGCAUGCAGAGUGAAGCAUAGGCCAGCUCCCCGUCCCCACGCAACUCCCAGCUUGUAGCACCCCUCAGACCCAGCUUUAUGUAGACUUCAAUUCUCAUGAAGAUACACUGUUACGACACAAAACCCUUUCUAUUUGUAAGGGUAUGUAUUCAUUACCUAUUUAACUGUUUUGUCGCUGUUUGACUCCGAGAAGCUUUAUCAAACGAUAGAGACGAAACACCGAUUAAAUAAUUUUACAUGUAAGGUUCAAAUAUAAUCCAAUUAAAUCACUUUAUGAACAGUCGGAUAACGGAACAUUUUAUUAAAUAAGUAGAAUUGUAAAAAUAAUAUAGACCCCUAUUUAGUUUUAUAUUCAAUAUUAUUGUAAAAAGGUUUAUUUAUUUAUUUAUUAUAAGUAACUGUGAUACGUUCCUUCGAAUAUAUUUUACGUCUAAUUUAUAAAUACUUACUCGCCAAGUUACAGUACAUUGCGUGUUAUAAUUAAACAAGUAACAUUAAUAAAUAAUCAUGGGUUGUCCGUACAAUAUAUUACUCAGAAAAUUGUUUUUAGAUCGGUUGUGAAACACGAUUUUAAUAUUUCAAUAAUUUAAUGCUUCGCUUUUGCAUUUAAUUACACUUAACUGCAGUAAUACGACUUACGGAAAGGUUACUUCGGGAAAAUGUAUUUUACGGACAACCGUUUAAAUAUGAUAACAAUAAAUAGUGCCAAAUUACGAGUAGAUUAACAUCGUUUGAAUGUAAUUAAAUAAUACCUAUAUAUAAAGAUGUAGUUUCUAUAUAAGUUAAAAAUCGAGUAUAUUACGUAACGCUUCGCUUGUAUUGAGUAAACAUAUUGCAAUGUACAUAAAUAUAUAUAUCUUUAAAAUUUAAAUUACUAACACAUAGUAAAAUAACUUUUACCGCAAUUUGGACUUGAAUAUCGCAAUUCAUAAUUACAUUGAUGUAAUUACUAAGUAAUAUCCGUUUAAAUAACGCAAGGCUGUCAAACUUCGUUUUUAUAAAACAAUAAAGAGCCGAUUUAUAAAGAAGAAAAGGAUGCAAUAAUAAUAAUUGUUAAUGAUAUUUGAAUAUUGUUAAACAAUUUAUAAAGUUAAAUAUUACGUUUAUAGAUACAGUUCUACACACGUGUAUUUAAAGUCAUU